UAGGGUACAUAGUCUUCCAAUCACGAUCGAGUAGAAAACCUAUCAGAUUACAACCAGCCUACAAUAUUUGAGUACCAACAACUUGUGUGCAACAGGGUCGAUUUGGGGCCGAUCACUAGUGCUGUGCGAUAGUUUGGUAGAGUGCCACGCGACUGAUUUUGGGCUGAUUCAAUUUAGAAAAGAAAGUUGCACUAAUAGGUUAAAUCACGGAUGGAGCUACAGGUGUUACUCACAGUCGGGAUCGGCGUUCUCUUCCUUGUUCCGGCACAAUGCUUUGAAAACCUUGCACGGAAACCGGAGUUCCAGGGUACACCGAGACAGAGUACAUCAUACGAUUACCCAAUGGCCCAAGCAGACAACGCCGUGGACGGGGAUUAUGAGAUACAAGCUUCGGUUCAGAGUGGUUUUGACGAUUGUAGUUUUACGCUUUACCAAACAUGGAUACCGUCGGCGUGGUGGAAGUUACCACUGAAGCUUAUGGCCAAUGUGGCGUAUGUGCAAAUUCAUUUCCGAAAAGGAACUAUCAAUAGGCACGUGGGAUUUGAAGUAUACGCUUUCAAUGAGUCCACUUACGAACCCCCGGGCGCAGCAGGAUACAGAGUGUUUCAACACAACACCUCCACUUGUAUUGACAGUGUGAUGAAUAUUACAAUAAAUCACGUGACACAAGGGAUAUCUAUAUAUAGAGAGAAAAUGCCCACACUGCAGAGUUCUUGUAAUGGGUUCGAACCAAACUUUGUCACCAUCGAGAUGUGUGAAAUUCUAGUUAUGGGCUGUCAAGAUCAUCAUUAUGGAGAAAAUUGUACAUCUUGCGAAUCAAAAUGCCUUAACAGCCAGUGUGAUGCUUUCACUGGGUCAUGUAUCUAUGGAUGCACAAACAUUUUGAUGGAGGCCCCCGACUGCUCUAUUUGUAAAGGACUAUUAUAUGGAGAAGAUUGUACACAGACGUGUGGUCAUUGUUUCAAUGGAAGUAAAUGCAGCAUGACAGGUGUCUGUACUGAAGGAUGUGAACAUCAUUGGGGUGGACCCCUGUGUGACGUUUGCAGUAGCGCGUUUUACGGACCAAACUGUACACUACACUGCGGACAGUGUAAAACAGGUACAUAUUGCAACGAGACAACUGGAGAGUGUUUGAGUGGGUGUCAGCAUAACUGGAGAGGAGCCAAAUGUGACGUUUGCGCACCUGGUUUCUACGGAACAAACUGUACACAGUUAUGCGGACAUUGUAAGAAUGGUACUGCCUGCAACAACAUAACAGGAGUCUGCUCUGAUGGAUGUCAGGAGCACUGGACGGGGUCAUUAUGUGAUGAUUGUGAAGAAGGUUAUCACGGAACAAACUGUUCAGAGGAAUGUGGGAUGUGUAAGAUAGGAACACAUUGCGACAGCACGAUUGGAAUCUGUCUGUCUGGAUGUCAAGAUAGAUGGAGUGGAGUCAAAUGUGAUGAGUGUGAAAGCGGAUUAUAUGGAGUUCACUGCGAGGAAAAUUGUGGUCACUGUGCACCCGGUACUUUCUGCAACCAAACGGGAGUUUGUAUGUAUGGAUGUCAGGCCCGCUGGGACGGACCAAUGUGCGAUGUUUGCAAAAACGGAUACUAUGGCUCGAACUGUUUGCAAGAGUGCGGGAAGUGUAAAUUAAACUCCCAGUGCCACAACGUAUCAGGUGUUUGUCUGGAUGGCUGCCAGGAGAAAUGGGAAGGAUCUAAAUGUGAUGCUUGUGAAAAGGGUCGUUAUGGAGUGAACUGUGAGAAUGUCUGUGGGAAGUGUAAAACGGGAGACUACUGUAAUAACAUUACGGGAGUCUGUCCAGACGUGUGCCAAGACCAUUGGACCGGAUCUAAAUGCGACGUUUGUGAAAAGGGUCGCUAUGGAGUGAACUGUGGGAAUGUAUGCGGAAAUUGUAAAUCCGGAGACUACUGUAAUAACAUCACUGGAGUCUGUCCAGACGUGUGCCAAGAACAUUGGACCGGAUCUAAAUGUGACGCUUGUGAAAAGGGUCGCUAUGGAGUGAACUGUGGGAAUGUAUGCGGAAAUUGUAAAUCCGGAGACUACUGUAAUAACAUUACUGGAGUCUGUCCAGACGUGUGUCAAGAACAUUGGACCGGAUCUAAAUGUGACGCUUGUGAAAAGGGUCGCUAUGGAGUGAACUGUGAGAAUGUCUGUGGGAAGUGUAAAACGGGAGACUACUGUAAUAACAUCACUGGAGUCUGUCCAGACGUGUGCCAAGAACAUUGGACCGGAUCUAAAUGUGACGCUUGUGAAAAGGGUCGCUAUGGAGUGAACUGUGGGAAUGUAUGCGGAAAUUGUAAAUCCGGAGACUACUGUAAUAACAUUACUGGAGUCUGUCCAGACGUGUGUCAAGAACAUUGGACCGGAUCUAAAUGCGACGUUUGUGAAAAGGGUCGCUAUGGAGUGAACUGUGGGAAUGUCUGUGGGAAGUGUAAAACGGGAGACUACUGCAGUAACAUUACUGGAGUCUGUCCAGACGUGUGUCAAGAACAUUGGACCGGAUCUAAAUGCGACGCUUGUGAAAAUAGUCGUUAUGGAGUGAAUUGUGAGAAUGUCUGUGGGAAGUGUAAAACAGGAGACCACUGCAGUAACAUCACUGGAGUCUGUCCAGACGUGUGUCAAGAACAUUGGACCGGAUCUAAAUGCGACGCGUGUGAAGAUGGAUUUUAUGGCAAGGACUGUGAUUCAAAGUGUGGACGAUGUGCAAACGGACUCGCAUGUGACACUGUAAUGGGUGUAUGUUUAAAUGGGUGUCAGGGACACUGGGAUGGUGCACGGUGUGACGCGUGUGAAGAUAGAUUUUAUGGCACGGAGUGUGAUUCAAGGUGUGGACGAUGUGCAAAUGAAUCCGCGUGUAACACUAUAACGGGUACAUGUUUAAAUGGGUGUCAGGGACACUGGGAUGGCGCACGGUGUGACGAAUGCAAAACUGGAUUUUAUGGAAUGAAUUGUGACGGUAUUUGCGGGAACUGUAAAUCCGGAACCCACUGCAAUAAAGUUACAGGGAUUUGUCCAGAUGGGUGUCAGGACCAUUGGAACGGAACGAUGUGUGACGUUUGUAAAGAUGGAUAUUAUGGAGUCAAAUGUACAGAAAUGUGUGGAGCGUGUAUAGGCAAUGUAUGCAACCAACUUACCGGGAAUUGUCCUGAUGGAUGCACGGACAAUUGGACGGGAAAAAAUUGCGAUGCUGAAGUACAAUUUAUAAAAGAUACCUCGAAGAAAGCACAAUUUAGCGUGAUAGCGGUUGGAGGAGUGUUUACCGUGUUUGGUUUCAUGGUGUUCGUGGGCAUCGUAUAUUUCAGUCAACAAAACAGCGGAGAGACCUUUAACCCAAGCAGAGGAAACAGAGAGCAUUCUGGAACAAAGAAAUUGAAAAAAGAAGAAACCAUGAAGACACUGAAAAACAAAGAAACAGUUAAAAUAUCAACCAAAAAAUAACUAAGAGGAGUACCUUGGUGAAGAAUAGAAUGGUGAAUAGAGUGAAGAAGGCCGGACGUUAUACCACAGAAGGCGUUCAAUGAAUUGUCAAUAAACAAUCAACAUAAUGUGUAGACAUUAAUCCUACAGUCCUAAGGAAUAUCAUUUUUUCUGAUAUGUCCAAGUGGCCGAACAGAAUAUUGACAGUGCAAAACAAUUACCUCUGAACAGUCCAUUUUUACAUUACGUUUGCCUUUCGUUAAAACCCCGAAUUAGCGUUAUCAUGUUUUAGCUAUGAGGAAAAUCACGUGAUAAAAUUAGCCAGUAGUUAACCUGUGAUUCUGUUUUAAGACGUUCUCUGUAAGUAUUAUAUAUAUCUUUAUGUGUGAUGCGUGUAUUAAAAGCAACAGGACGCUGAAAAAUUGAAUUACGCGUCUUAUGUAAUUAAUCGGCACACGUUUGUUUAUCAUCAGCAUAAUAUAUGUUAUAAAAAUGAUUACUGCUUAUAUAAACA